AUGUUUCGGUGGAUCACACAAGAACGGUCAAGCCAAUUUCAUCACAAAACUGUUGGAGAAAGUACGGCCAGAAGGACAUCCUCGGAGCCAAAUUUCCGAGAGGAUACUACAGAUGCACGUACAGAAAAUCUCAAGGAUGUGAAGCAACCAAACAAGUCCAGAGAUGUGACGAAAAUCCGAUGCUCUUUGAGAUUAUUUACCGAGGUAUACAUUCUUGCUCCCAAGCCGCAAAUGUCGGUUCAACCAUUCCGGUACAGAUUCUUGAACCGAGACAGACGCAAGAACACGAGAAUCUUGAGAUCGUGA